CACUGUGUUGGAGCCACAUGGUUUUAGAAUACAUUACCCUUGGCGGCUACAAGUACGGUCGUCGUGACUCGUGAUCGCUCACGAGACCAUUCGUAGGUGGUGAUGGCGGAAAUGUGCAGAGUGGAGAAGCGUGGGCGGGUGUACCUCCUCACCCUCGCCGGCACCGACGAGCACCGCCUCAACCCCGCCCUCCUCGACGCCAUCCGCUCCGCCCUCGCCGGCGUCCGCUCAGACGCCGCGGCGUCGGGCGGAUCCGCCGCCCUCGUCGUCGCCGCCGAGGGCAAGUUCUUCUCCAACGGCUUCGACCUCGCCUGGGCCAGGGUCUCCCCCUCCGACCGCGCCCCGCUGAUGGUCCCCGCCCUGCAACGCACCAUCGCCGACCUCCUCUCCCUCCCCAUGCCCACCAUCGCCGCCGUCACCGGCCACGCCGCCGCCGCCGGGUGCUUCCUCGUGCUGAGCCACGACUAUGUGGUCAUGCGGGCCGACCGGGGGUUCCUCUACAUGAGCGAGAUCGACAUCGGGUUGCCGAUCACGGAGAACAUCAUGGCCGUGAUGAGGGCCAAGAUCGCCGACCCGAGGACGCGCCGGGACUUGCUGCUGCGGGGGAAGAGGAUGACGGCGGCGGAAGCGGCGGCGAGGGGGAUCGUCUAUCGGGCGGUGGAAGGGGCUGCGGAGACGGUGGAGGCGGCGGUGGCGAUGGGGGAGGAACUGGCGGCCAGGAAUUGGGACGGCGAGGUGUACGCCUCGAUAAGGAAGGGGGUGUUUCGUGAGGCAUGCAGAGGGAUCGGGGUAGCGGUGGAGGAAGAGGAUGCGGAGAUGAAGAAGGCAGCCUCCAAGCUCUGAAUCCGUUGACCGGGUAAGAGACUGUGUUAUAAGCAUGGAAUAAUGAAUGAUUGAGCUGUUGAUCUGAUAUGGUCAAAUGCUACUGUGAUGACCGGGAAGGAACCUAUUUACGUUAAUCUCUGCGCCGUUUGCUGCAUAAUAUUUGCCUUUUCGGAGUGGUGUCGCUGAAUUCAACGUGUUGAAUCUGAACGAUGAAAUCAAUUGAUAAUUAUAUUUAUAUUUUAAUCUA